AAAGAGCAGAAUGAGAGACUAGAGACAGAGAGGGGGAGAGAGCGUAACAAUGGCGUGGAGGGGACAUCUGUCUCGGAAUAUGAAGGAGCUUCGGAUCCUGCUAUGUCAAACAUCGCCUGCGAGCUCGUCCGCUAGAGCGUUCGUAGAGAAGAAUUACAAGGAUCUCAAGACACUCAACCCUAAAUUCCCAAUCUUAAUUCGUGAAUGCAGUGGGAUUGAGCCUCAGUUAUGGGCUAGAUAUGACAUGGGUGUUGAGAGGGGCAUCCGUUUGGAAGGCUUGACUGAGGCACAAAUCCUGAAGGCAGUUGAAGACCUUGUCAAAGUGGGGGCAUCUCUUAAAGCCUGAUAGUGCUGUUAUUGGACCCUAUGAAAUGGAAUAAAAUUAAUGCAACGAAAAAAUUGCCCAGAGACUCAUUUGUUCAGUUGAUCUCCUUUGUUUUUCUUAAAUAUGUUUAUUGGGUACUCUGUCUUUGCGUUGUAGUUUGAUAAUUUUAUGUACAAGCAUCUUCCAUUUACACAAAACAAAUUUACCCUCGAGCCGAUGCUUGGUUACAAUCAAUGAGUUAAGUUAUAAGUCUGACUUCUGUUUUUGGGUACUGUUCUGA